CCAGGAACCCUUCCAUUAUGCACAGCUUUAAAACAUUGUGGUUACUUGGUUUUUUAAUGAUUUUUCACACCAGUUUGGUGAGAUGUCAAAGCUACAAUCCGGCACAUAUAUUCACCUGUGCCGAGGUCUUUUCACGGGGCCUUGCUGAAGUCACUAAAGAGAUCCUGCCCAAGUUCAAGGAGUUAAUCGAUUGUAUAAGCUUUGUACCAAAUCAGAACUUGUAUGAACUCGACACCCAUGAUUUCAGAGCGUUGGUCUCCUCCUUCCUAUUGCACCUUGCCAAGGGACCAAGCUGUCUCGAGACUUUUUCGGAAGACAUGAAAGAUCUUAUAAACCCGCAUAUGAAACAAUUCAAAAUAGAGCAUUGUGCCUAUUUAAAUAUUGUUCCAAAAUGUUGGCCCAAUUAAGAAUACAAAUAAUAAUUGAACAAUAAUAAGAGAA